CCCAGGUGCCUGCCAGGUGCCCGCCAGCUGCCAAACCGGCACAAAAAACUCUGCCCCUCCAACGACAGCUUCCUCUUCCUCUUUCUGCAUCCUCUUGAUCUAUUUUUUCUUCUUAGUCGAUUUGUUUAUUCUGUCCUCCUCGACAGCUGCUCUCAUUCGCUUCGGCCGCAAACCUGCAUCAAACUUAUCCUCUGUUGCAUUGCAGCCUGCCGCCUUUUCCCUUUGCCACCGCCACAAACCCUGCCCUAGUGACCUACGCCCGCUUUCGGCUGACCGUCUCCGUCGACUUGAUGAUGCUGUGAACCACACUCGCCAGCACAGAAACAACACGGAGCGCGAAGAAAAUAUUCUUAAAGAACAAGCGGCAAGCUGCCCUGAACCUUUCCAUUUUUGUUUACACCAAUAAUAUUCGACGACUCUUAUUCUGAUUUGGAGCCUCACGGUACCGACAGCAUGAUGUUUUCCGAGCUCUACAAGGGCUCGCUGGCAUUGCGCAGCGAGUCGCCGUUGAAUCCCAAAACGCCGGCCGAGUGGACCAAAAGCGAGUACGCCGACUUAUACAGCAAAGACAAAGUCAAACAAAAAGAGGCUGUCCGGCGCUACCUAAAGGAAAAGGUCCGCACCAACUGGGAGUUCCCCGCAGCUAUCAAUGGGCUUGCGCAAAGGGAUACCAGCAUGGCAGAUUUAGCUCCAGAGCCAGAUUCAGCGCCGGCCGCAGAAGAUCACAACGACGACGCAUUGGCAAGUGCGGCUGAAUCGGACGGAAGCGAUGCAGAGUCCAUCUAUAGCAUCGUUUCAGAGGACGAGCACUAUAGACCGCGGGCUGAGUGGACAUCGGACGUGGAGGAGCUGCGCGAGCUGCAAGAGCAAGGUAGAGCCUCCACGGCGUCUCGCCGCUCCGACUCGGGAGCAAAGGCUGCAAACCAGCAGCGACUUUUCAACAUUCGGGCACGCAGACGGCGCGAAGUACGCGAAGAGAUGAAGGAGAACCCGGGACUUGCCAUCUUUGAGGCCCGCCGAGAUGCAUGGACAGGCGCAAGGACGGUUCGUGUGCGAACCAAGCCGAAUGUGUCCCCCCCCGCCUCGCCGCGUUCACCCCGUCGCUUCUUCUUUCGCCGCUCCAUGUCCACGUCUCCUCCCAAUGCCGUACCGUCGCCAAUCAUGCAGCAGCUCGAAACAGCAUCCGAUACGUCGUCCAUCGCUAAGGAUGAUGGUCAGCUUAGCAAGAAGAUGUCUGUUGGCGAAACAUCUGUAGCCGCGGCCGACCCCAAAACGUUCCCCGUCGAGACGCUGCUCCCGUUGGCACAACCAAUCCUGCCACCCGAGAAUGGCCUACGCGCCUGUAUUACACCUGCCACCUACCACAGCCUCUACGAUAAGAUCGUACUUCAUAAUAUGACACCCUCGUGCCCCAUCAACUUGGCCGAUAUGAUGCAGACUUGUGUUUCUGGUUGGAAGCGUGAUGGUGAAUGGCCUCCUAAGAUGUCUGCCCCGGAGCCGCUUAUUGCUUCCCGCAAGCCCAAGAAGAAGGAAGUGGAAAGCCCAACGUCUCGACGCCUCAGCUUCGGUCUUCGUACUAAGGAUAAGGAUGACGAAGCGCGGACCAAGGGAUUCCGAAAGAGUCUGCAGCGAGCGCUCGGUUUCGGUACUCCCCAGGCAGUUUCUGGCGGCAACUAGAAGUCGUUUAUUGGGCGCUUGAAGCGCAUGUAUCGACGCCACCUACAGUCAGAUAAAGCCAAGAUUGCCGAAUUGAGAGUGGCCCUUCAACAGGCAGGGAUUGCCAUGCCGUGCCAGGAGGCCAAGCGAAAUCAAGAGCACGAGAAUAUGGAGCAGCUCAUCCGCUCUGUCCAGCGUCAGUCAUCAAAUGCACCAACCACAAGCAUCCCUCAGCUAAGGCAACCGUUUCAAGUUGUUGCCGUCAGAUGGUCCACAGAACGCAAUGUAUGGCUGCUAGAACCCGUGACUCUCGAGCCACGGUCAGUCUAGCAAGGAACGAAGCAAUGUUUUUAUGUUUUUUUGUGUCUUGAUUAUAGUAUAUACCCAGCGUAGGAGCGAAUCACGGCGUUUUUUCAUGGGCAUUUUUAGGAUACUUUUUAUAUCGAAUUUCAGCGUUUUUCCUUUUGUUCAAAUAUGAGCGUCUAUGUGAUGUGCAAAUAUAGCUACCCAACCACCGUCUAUUUGUUACCUUUUGCGUUAUUAACUAACUGCAAUUAGGGAACAGCUCGGCCUGAGAAUUCCCCAUCAAGAAUGCAGCAGCCUCACAAACCUCAUCAAGCAGCUCCCUUGCCACUGGCGCCCAGCUCUCAAAAGUGACGACCUCGAGCGUCAGCGUAUCGUUGUCUGGCGAAAUGUAUGCCUGGAUCUUCCACUCUCGGAGAGGUUCUUCAUGCAAGUAGACCGUCUCGAGCUUGGAACUAAAGUCGUCACCAGCAGUAGAUGACAGCUUCUUGGUGGCCUGGAUCGCCUGAUGGACGACCGUGUCAAACCACCACGUCUUGUCGACCUUGUCCUCGGGUGUCGCGGCCUCAUUGUCUGCUACAAGAUGAGAGGGUGUCCAGCCAACCUGGGGUGCAAUCUCGUCCAGCGCGAGAAUCUCGUGCUCCGAGGUUUGUGCGUGCUGCAGCUGAACGUGCGCGAGUAGAUCGGCCACCGUCCACGACUCGGUAAACGAUAAGCGGAAGGGAACGUAUUGCCAUGUCGGACCGGCUACUUUGUCUGCUGCAAAGGGCGUAUCGGAGAUGGAGCGUCCAGAUACAACUUCACCAAAGACAACGUCGCGGACGUUGAGGCGGCGCGCUAGCACCAGAGACCAUGCAGCUGGCGGGAUCGUCGCAAUAGUCGUGUUGGAGCGCAGUGUAAUAGGGAUUGUGCGCUCAACUGCAAAGUGGCGACGCUCGAGGAGUGGAAGAGAGGGCCGGAUGGUUGAGAUGGACGAGCCGGCGAGGAGAUUCUUCCAGUAGGCCAUGCUGGCGGGCAACAGGGGCGCAAUGUGGUGUAUGUACGUUGAGAACGGCACGGUGUUGCUUGUGGGAGGUGUAGGGGAUUGAUAGGCCGCAGCGAGGUAUUGCAGCAUGGAGGGCAGACACAUUUCGUCGUAUUGUGCGUGGGAGAUGCGGAAGACGAGCGCAGAGGAUGUCGUCUCGGGCGACGAAAUGUACAGGAACUUGACGAACCGUGAGCCUAGGGGCAUCGAGGUGAAGAUGUCCUUGUUGUAGACUUGCUUGACGGCCUCGUCGAAUGGUCCUGAGACGACGUGCUGCUCGAAUUGCACGGGGUGGUCUUCCAGAAUGACGCCGUAGCCCUUGUUGUUGUGGGAUACAAAGACGGUGCGGAGGAUUUCAAAGGUCGAUGUAAGUGAUUGACAGGCAGCUUGGAGACGGGCAAUGUCAAUGGGCGUGUUAAAUGAAAUCACUUCGUAUCGCAGCGAGAAGCGCGGCAGAGUAAUUGUUGCCUGUACGGCGAUUUCUUGGAGUGGCCGUGUGGGGAUGACAUCGCGAAUAGUCCACGACGGAUCUUCAAGCAUGUUUUGAAUCUCUUUGACGGCAGUAUCUGGCGAGUCGAGUAGUGAGAAAGGCUUGAUUGGCUCAGCGGCCACUGGGGCGUCUACUUCUACGGCAACCUUGGCCAUGGCAAACAGCUCCUUGUUGCCAAACAUGUCGGCGACAGUGACCUUGAUGCCCUCGGACCGGGCCUCUGAGGCAAGUUUCAUGGCAGAGAUGGAGUCGCCGCCAAGCGCAAAGAAGCUGUCGUCGAGCGAGAUGUCCUGUUCGGGGAUACCGAGCACACGGCUCCAGAGAGUGCGGAGAUGGCGCUGCUUGCGGGAUGUGGCGCUGAUUUUCUUUCUGUUUGGCUGUGCGAUGGUGACAGGGACAGGUGUGGAGAGCAGCUGGAUGGAGGAAGAGAUGUAGCGUGCUAGUUUACCUGUCUUGUAGACUACUGGUGAUGGGAUCCAUGACGGAGAGGUAAUGGAUGGGAGAGAUAGAGUAGCCGUACUGGUCAAGACAAGCUCACCGACAGCUGAAGGCGCCAGAGGAGUCGACGGCGAGGUAGGGUUGAUGAUGUAUGCGGCGUCGGCUCCAGGAAAGCCCUGCAGAACAGACUGUGUAGAUGCACUCUCGUAUAACGGCUGCAGAGUUGCCUCGUCCUCGCUGCUGAGACCUGUGAAUUGGCUAAGCUGAGCGCCCAUCUUGUCGCAGAGGCCCUUGGCCACAGCUUCAAACUUGGCGAGUACACGCUGCAUAGUGGGCAUAUCGAUGGUAUGUGAGUCGAAGCUGGCCAUAACGGAAAAGCCCUGCGUAUCAAUGGCGCAGACGAGCAUCAGCGCAUACGUGUUGAACUUGAGGGCUUCUUGCGCGGCUUGCUCAUCGCUCGCAGGGACAAGUUUGCUAGUUGGGUAUGUCUCGUCGGGAACUGCUUCAUCGCCGGUGCGAGGAUGCAGAACAAGACCGGUGCGCAGCUCACAUGCUUCCAGCGCAUCUGGGCUCAGGCGGCGAAUGUGCUGCAGACCAUAGUGCUCAUGGGGGAUCUGCUCGAUGACUUGGUCCUGCACGGUCUGGAGGAACUCGGCGACAGACAUCUCCUCGUCGACCGUCAGACGGAACGGGAUCGUGGUGAUCAUGGGCCCUUCAAUCUCCUCGGCGCCGACGAUCGGUGCGUUGCGCCCAGUCAGCGUCUCGCCAAAGACGACGUCGUUGCCGUGCACAUACUGCGCUGAAACAAUGGCCCAUGCUGCGCGGAUAAUCGUCGCCAUGGUGGUUCCUGAGGGCGGCGUCUUGCCGAGCGAUACGUACGACUCAAGCAGCGAGUCUGAGCUAGUUUGAUAUCCAAUCGCAGGAAUCUGGGGGAACUGUAGCGGAUUCGUGCCCUCUAGCUGCUUCUUCCAGUACGCCGCUGAAGCAUCUCUGUCCAUGCUAUUCAAAUACUUGAUGAAAUGCUUGAACUCUGCAGGUCGAGUGACGAUUUCGCCACCGUAGGCUCUGUUGACGCGGUCGACGACGAGCGGCAUGGACCAUCCGUCGUAGAUUGCAUGGUGCGUCGUGAGCACGAAGCACACGCGCUCAGCCUCCUGGAUAAGGGCGUAUCGGAUAAGCGGCUUUCCGAGGUCCAUGUCGUCAGCGCGGUCUGCGGCAAGAUACGCUUGGAGAUUGUCGCCACGGGCCGCCGUGUAGUCGUUCUUGAUGACGACCUGGAAGAGUCCCUGGCGCGGGAUCUGGACAAUGCGCGUGCGGAGGACCGGGCAGUUGUUGUGCGCGAGCUCGAAUGCGGCGAGCAGCUGUGAGGCUUCGUCCACCGAAGUGAAGUCGAUGACGCGCUGCGAGAUGUAAGCGUCCUUUACUUUUGCGGAGAGCGCCAUCAGGGCCUCUUGGAGGGGCGAGCAGGCGUACAUGUCCUCGAUGUCUUGGGGGGCGACGCGGCAGAAGGGCGCGGCGGCUUCCCGGGCAGCAGAUUCGGACCAAGACGGUGGGAGAAGAGAGAAUGCUGGGAUGCUGGCGUCCAAUGCAGAUGUGGCAACGCAGUGGGAGGCCAUGCCGGAGAGAGUGGGCGAUGUGAAGAUGUUGGCGACGGUGAGGGUGAUACCUUCUUCGCGGGCGGCAGCGACGAGACGCAUGGCGCGGAGGGAGUCGCCGCCGAGAUUGAAGAAGUUGCUUUGGCGGUAUACGGGGAUGGAGCUGCCAAGGACUUUGGUCCAUGCGGUUUGGAGUUUCUUUUCGGUGGGAGUGGCGGGCUCGUCUUGCGGGAUGUUGUCGUCGGAGGAUUGGAGGGAGGACCGUGGGAUGGACAGGCCGAUCUCACGGAGGCGCUUGCGGUCGAGUUUGCCGGAUACGAGGGACGGCAUGGCGUUGAGUGUGAUGAAGGCCGCGGGGAUCAUGUAUCGCGGGACCUUGGCGCCGAGGUUGGCCUCGAUUGUGGUGAGUGAGUCGGCGAGGGUGGCUGAUGGCUCUGCAAAGAGAUCUGUAUAUGUGCAGCCAGGCUCACUGAGAAAGGCAAUGAGUGUAGGGACGCCGUUUUCAGGCUUGAUGACUUCAGCGGCUACUUUGAUGCCCGCGGGGAGACAGCUUUGUACGUGGUGCUCGACUUCGGUGAGCUCGACACGCUGGCCGCGCAGCUUGACUUGCUGAUCUUUGCGGCCGACAAACUCAAUAGAACCGAGCAUGUUGGACUCGUAGCGGACGAGAUCGCCCGUCUUGUAGAGUCUGCCUUUGCGGCCAGGAACGCUGCCGUGGCCAGCGAGCAGCCACGUUGGGUCUUCAAUAAAGACCUGCGCUGUCUUUUCAGGCUCACCGAGAUAUCCUGUUCCCACGACGGGGCCUUCCAUGAUGAGUUCGCCAACAGCGCCAAUAGGAACAAGCUUGUUGUGGUCGUCUGGGUCGACAAUCCAUGUGACACCGCCAACACCGAAGCCGAUGCCAGUGGACACGGACACGGUGUUGUUGUUUGUGCAGCCGACGGUGCAUUCAGACGGACCGUAGCCGAUAACGAUGCCUGUUGUUUUGCCCCAGGCCAAGGCAUCACUGGAAGAUACAGCCUCGCCGCCUAGCGCAAGGACAUCUAGCGACGGGAUGAUGUCGGCAUCGAGCACGCGAGCAACUGAAGGUGUGACGGCGAGAAGCGUUGUUUUGAAAUCGCGAAUAGCGCCGCUGAGAUCGUUGACUCGGCGCUCAUCCGAAGGAACGCAGACCGUGCCGCCCGCAGAAAGCGUGCACAGCAUGCAGUCGAGACUAACGUCGAAUGCGUACGAUGGAAAGUCGAACACUCUCGAAUUUUCAUUAUAUCCCACGACCUUUGAUCGAGGUAAUGUGCCACUUGUAAAGCUCAGAUGCGAAAUCACCACGCCCUUGGGUUUGCCUGUACUUCCUGACGUAAAAAUGAUAUACAUGGACGCAUUCGGAUCGACCUUGGGCAGUGGCUCGUCUUGUGUCGUAUCUUCACUGUCAAAAUACUCUUGCGAGAUAUCCACUAUAUCUCCCGCACCGAUAAUUGCCUGUCCCAAACUCUUCUGCAGCGUCGACGUCACCAUGAUGGUGGCCUCUGUCUGCUCGACAAUCGUUCUCAGUCGAGCUUCCGGCUGGCUAGGAUCUGUCAGGGAGAACGCCGCGCCCGUCUUCAUGACGCCGAGCAGCGCAACCACUGUCCACUUUGACUUCUCAAAGCACAGCGGCACAACCAUGCCCGUGGCCACGCCGCGGCGGCGCAGGUCGCGCCCAACGCGCGCCGACAUGGCCUCGACUUGCCCGUACGUCAGGGCGCCAUCCCAUGACUGGACAGCCACAUCCUGUGCUCGGCCGGCGGCCUGUCGCGAUAUGAUAUCGUGGAUGCACUCGUAAACAGCGUCUGGGACGUGCUCGUUCCAGCGCCAGAGCUGCUCGAGGUCUUUGCUGGAGGGGCUGCUGGUUUCUUCUCCUCGGGUGGUAGGGAUGCCGUUUGCACCGUCAGUGCUGGCUUGGUCUUUUGUGCGUCCGCCAUGGUCUGCUGAGGCUGUAGAAUGCGUCAUUACGGAAAGAAAAAGAGACAAGUGGCAGCAGCAUGCAGAGAUAUUAAAAGCAGAUGACCGUUGGCGCUUCGCUUGCUAGCUGCAAGCUAUCAGGGUCGCAAUGGGUGCCUAAUGUCCGUGUGCUUGCUGCAGGAUGAAAUGCAGCCUUUGUAGUAGGGAAUAUACAAAGCCUCGUGGAGUAAAACCGAAGGUGCCGGUGGUGAUGUAGACCUAACAUAGGGAUGCUUGCUUGCCUGCAACGGAGGACUGCCGACGGGCCUUUUGGGUGUCAUUGACAUGUUUGCCCAACGAAACAGGGUCCGGUCCUUGACGCUUUCUUUCUUGUGUGUAAUAGCAAGUACACACAUUCCCGCGGGGUCCAAGGCAGGGUGCAGUGCAAGAGUGGAGGGGAGCUGCUGAGGGGUGGCUUGCAGUGGAUGAUGCCGGGUGCUGCAUUUUGCAUGAGAGAGGGUGUGAAGGGCCAAAAGCGGGACGGGCGACGAGGUACUUGCGGAGACGGUGGGCGGUACAUGUGAGCGAGUUUUGGCGUUUGGUGAGUGAGGGAGCGGAUCAGAUAAUACCGCGGUGGGGGGAUAUUUUGGAUCU